CCCCGCCUCUGGAGGCUGCCGCGGGCCGCGGGCCGCGGGCUGGUGGGCUGGGCGAGCACGGGCCUAAACGCCGCCACGCCCGGUCGGGUCUACGCCGAGCCGGACUGGGCAGUCUGCGUGAGCGCACCGGUGCGACCACAAGCCAACCAACGGGGAGCAGCUACUCGACCGCACCCGCACGGACCGUCGCGUCGUCGCCACCAUGACGAGCUUCACGCUGUUGGCGGCGGUGGCCCUGGGGCUGCUAGUGCUGGCGGAGGCGGCGCCGGCGCCAUGGGCGCAGUUUGACGGGCAGCGGAGGGGCGCUGCUGGUCGCGGAGGCCGCGGCGGAGUCCGCCCCGGAGGUCCUGGAGGACGUCCCGGAGGGCGGCCGGCAGGCGCCACCGACAACCGCUUCGCGACGAGCUGGCUCACGUCGGACUGGGAGGACGCCGGGGGAGCGGGGGCCAUCAACGGCAUCGACCUGAGUGGCAACCCCUGGCUCAACGGCCAGGGCGGCAUCGGCCAGGGCGGCAUCGGCCAGGGCGGCAUCGGCCAGGGCGGCAACGGCCAAGGCGGCAACGCCUGGCAAAACGGCCAAGGCAACGGCAAUCGACCGGGAAUCAACGGCCAGGGAGGCAACCCCUGGCAAAACGGCCAGAACAACGGCAUUCGGCCGGCAAACAACGGUCAGGGAGGCAACUCCUGGCAAAACGGUCAGAACAACGGCAAUCGGCCGGGCACCAGCGGCCAAGGAAGCAACCCUUGGCAAAAUGGUCAGAACAACGGCAAUCGACCGGGCACCAGCGGCCAGGGAAGCAACCCUUGGCAAAACGGCCAGGGCAACGGCCAAGGCAACAACGGGAAUCUCGGAGGCGCUGGUCAGCAGCAGCAGGCGCGGCCGACGCAGACGCAGCGGCCCAACACCAACCCCAGCGCCAUCCAGGGCGUGCGCCCGCCGUCCACGCCGCGGCCCGACUGCGGCUGCCAGGUGACGGGCGAGUACAACCCCGUGUGCGGCACGGACGGCGCCACCUACAGCAACCAGUCCGCGCUGCGGUGCUCGCGGAUCUGCGCCAGGAGCUCGCUCGCCGUCAAGCACCUUGGCGCCUGCACCACCCCGGCGCCCACCAAGUAGCCGGCGGAGUGCUCCGCUUCGCAUAAUUAGAAUGUACCUUUUGUAAAAAAAAAAGAAGAAGUUUUUCUGUUGUUGUUUUCUGCCGCCGCCCGGUUCUUUGUAUUAUAUGACCGGGCUCUUUUUCUGCUGCCGCGGCGCGCUCGAAGAAGUCGUCCUUCCACCGACGUAACUGUGUAUUUAUGUAUUUAUUAUUGUCAACGUGUGUCUGUGUGUGUAAGUGUGUAGGUAUGUGUAAGUGUGGUGUCACAAUUAUGUAAUUAUGUAUGCUGACUGACUGAUAAUUUAGCGUUAAUUAAUUUUGGCGAUACGCAAAGGGAUCAGUCAGAAGAGUACGUCCGUCAUUCGACGCUACAAACCUGCCAAGUUCAGCCCUACAAGCUCUCAGAGCGCCUGGUAGGUAGGCAACGUCCUGCCUGCAGUGCAUUCUUGUACUGCGGGGUGGCCUACCUCGAGUCUCGCAGGCGCUGAGCUCCCGUGAUGUGCAGAAUGAAUCUGGGUAAAAAGGGACGUACUUUCUGGACGAUCUCAAACGGGGUGGACCGAAGUCGAUCCGGAAACAUCUUCCAACUCUCUCCCCCCGCCUCCUCUCCCUCUCGGGCGUGGGGUGAGUGAAAGGCGCAGAAGGCAGCCGAUGUCAGUCUUGAUCGCCUGCCAAGUGAAGGGUAGGCAACACACCGUAUCGUGUGCCAUUGUGAUUCCAAUUAUCUUAUCGUCAUUUCGAUGUGUGUUGUAAUAAAUUAGUGGCCAAACUUUGA